UCUGCGUCUUUCCAGGAUGAUUUCACGAAAUUGUAUUUUCCUAUAAACUCCCAAUAACAGGGAGCUUUAAAGCACAAUGCUUAGAUACAUCUCCGCCGUGGGGUGCAAACGCCGCGGCAAUCCUAAAUCACUUUAAUAGUCCUUAUCCACCUUAACGUAGAACCACUUACAAAUCACAUUACCACCCCUCAUCCACUAAUUUAUGUUACCAAUCACAAUCCCGAGCAGGUUUGGUACCUGAAUUAAUAUUCGGGAGCUCAACCGUGUCAGAAAGCAACAUGCCAUCUUUGUAACCUAGGAUAAUACUCAACUUCAGCAACAUGGAUGUCUGUGUUUUAUGCGACGUAGGGUGCGAUUUCGCCAGCUUUGGCUCAGACGGAUGACACGAGCAUCUGUACAACAUCUGGGCAUCUGGACCCGGAAAUGACGCAGAGCGUCUUCUAUUCCAGGAAGGAUAUCGGGAUCGACACCUGCGUCAACGGGGAGAUAAUUCUGCAGUAUAUAGCCUGCAUACAUUUGUUGCUUAUGUGAAACAGGAGCACAGCCUGCUGAUCCAGGGAUGGCUCUGUUCCAGGAGGGGGCGUCGGCCAGCAACGCCAUGGAAACGUCGAACUUUGCUCAUGUGAUCUUCCAGAACGUGGGCAAGAGCUUCCCGCCCAACACAGAGCUGGAGUGCCGGUACACCCUCACACCCUUCUUCACCCCACACCACCGGGACUGGGUCGGCAUCUUCAAGGUUGGGUGGAGCACCGCGCGGGAUUACUACACCUUCCAGUGGACCCCUCGUCCUGAGACCCAGGCUGAGGGGGGCUCAGUGCACCAGGCUGUGCUGUUCCAAGGGUACUACCUGCCCAAAGACGACGGCGAGUUCUACCAGUUCUGCUACGUGACGCACAGCGGGGAGGUUCGCGGCGCGAGCACGCCCUUCCUGUUCCGCGCGGCCACGCCCCCCACCGACGACCUGCUGGCCGUGGAGGACGACAGCAACUCAGACAUCCUGGUGAUCACCUCCAAGACCGACCUGCUGGAGCAAAGGUUGGAGGAGGCGCAGAAGGAGCAGGCAGAGCUGAGGGAGGAGCUGCACCUCCUGCAGCAGGAGAAGGAGGAGCUGCAGCAGGAGAAGGAGAGACUGCGGAGAGAGCGAGAGGAGGAGAGAGAGACCUGUGCCCGUCUGCGAGCUCAAAACCAGGAGCUCCAGAGGUCCUCCCAGACCCUGCAGGAGGAGAAGGAGGAGGCGCAGAGGAGGCAGGAGGAGGCAGCAGCGAGGCUGCGGCAGCUGGAAGAGGAUCUGCUGGAGCUCACUCAGAGGGGCCUCCAGAAGGAGACCGAGAUAGACUGCCUCAGAGACCGUCUGAAGAAGCUGAACGUGGAGAACGAUUCCCUGGAGUCGCAGCUGAAGAUGGAGAGAGACGAGAGGGAGCUGUGCAAGCAUCACAACCUCAUUUACAGCUCCGCCCUCCGCUCCGCCCUCCCGGGGGAGAACGCACAGCUGAAGGAGCAGCUGCGGCAGACGGAGGAGCAGCUGCAGGCCCUGCGUCAGCAGGCGGCCAUGUUGGCGUCAGAGCUGCGGGACACGGCGAGCGCGCGGGACCAGACCAUGUCCGAGCUGUACCGCGUGCGGCUGGAGGCCGACGCCCUGCGCGCCAACCUGGCCGACGCCCGGGCGGAGUACGCCCGCGUGGAGGAGCAGCUGCAGAGCGUCCGGUCCAGCGCCCAGCAGGAACCGGGCGCUGCCGCGCGGGAGGCGGAGCUGCAGCAGGAGGGGGAGGAGCUACGGCUGAGGCUGCAGAUGGCCGCGGAGCACUAUAAGGAGAAGUACAGGGAGUGCCACCGACUGCGAAAACAGCUGGUCCAGCUGCAGGGGGACGCAAAGAAAAGGUCAUCAGCAGAGACAUCAGCAGCGGAGGCACCGGAUUGCACAGAGACUGCAGCGGGUUCCCCUGUGGAGGGUCCUCCUGCAGACGGCGCUCCUGCCGUGGGUUCUCCUCCAACGGGUUCUCCUGCAGAUGGCGCUCCUGCUGCGGCUCCUCCUGCAGCCAGUGCUCCUGCAGAGGGUGCUCCUGCAGAGGGUGCUCCUGCGGAGGGUGCUCCAGCGGCGGGUUCUCCUGUAGGGACACAGAACUCUGUGGAGGGCAAGGCCCCAGAAAACAGCACUGCGGGGGGGCAGGAGGGCGUGGCCCUGCAAGAUGGCCUCACAUGCGUGUACACGCAGACAGAGGAGCAGCAGGAGCUGCAGGAAGGUGCACAGAGGGACAUGGCCCAGGGUUCGAGGUCAGAGGCAGCCACGCCCAUGUUGCUGCUGUACCCGAUCCCAUACCCACAAUGCCCUGCUGAGCUGCAGUUUGGGAAUCCGUAUUCCAGCCCCCCUCCAGGUGCAGCGGGCAGUGAGGUGUCCCCUGGAAGCAGGGCCAGGACCCCCCUCUCAGGCCCCCCGUCCUGGGACAGCCCCGUGGUCUGCAUCCAGCCCUCACGCAACCUCAACCCCCCCGAUGGCCUGGAGGACCCAGAGCAGCGCAGCGAUGGCGGCGAUGGUGAGCAGGCAGCAGAUUGCCACCCUCCCAGUCCCCUGCACAACAGCACAUCCAGCUUCUGCUUUGACUCCAGCGAGGACAUGCAUAAGCGCUGCCCGCUCUGUGAGGUGGUGUUCCCGCCGCACUACGAGCAGCGGCGUUUCGAGGAGCACGUGGAGAGCCACUGGAAGGUGUGUCCCGUCUGCAGCCAGCAGUUCCCCCUGGACUGCCAGCCGCAGCACUUCCAGAGGCAUGUCAACACACACUUCGACGGAAACGUGCUCAACUUCGACUGAGACGGGAGCACAGCGCCGCCCUGCUGGAGCGGAGGAGUCAUUACUGUCGGUCUGCAAUUCAUACUGGCACUGAUCUGUGUGUCUGGGUGUGCGUGUGCAUUCAUAUGUGUGUGAGAUAUGGUAGAUGGUCAUACGCAGCACUGGAUUCUGGGAAUGUGUUAAGCGAUUCUCUCUUCCUGUCCCUUGACCUUGUUUUCCUCUCUGGGUGAAAUGUUACUUGUUCGGUAAUCAGUAGUCAUGAUUAUGCACCAUAAUUAUUUUUUAAAAAGAUAGAAGCUAAAGUGAAUUGCACUGGAUGUUAAAGGCGUUAUGUAUUUAAGUGAAGGACUAUAACUUCAGGUAUCCUGGGUCCUUGCUUUGUUAUUGAGUUAUGCAUCACACUUUCAGAUCUGUCCCACAGUACUUAAGCAAACCCAGGGAUUUCAGCCAAUCACAGGACAUCACAGGGAUUUACAACCAAUCACAGGACAGGACUGUACAGAGCUGCUGUUCUAGAGUGGAAGGUUUGCAAACAGUGACAGCAGGGGACGAUGAGACCCUGGACAGACAAACUAAUCAUUUUUAAUAGUUACACAUAAAGGACCAAAGAAAACAAAUACUGGUAUUCGGCUUGUUUUGUCACCCCUCCUGCUUGCAUCCAGUAAUUAGAUAAAAUAAGUGAUAGAUGGGGUCUUUAAAUAUCACUCAGUAAGGACGACACACAGUCCCAUACCAAAAGGAAACCUAAGUGACUGUUUCCAUAACGAUUCUAAAAAUGUCCCAAAAACAUUUUAACAACUUUCUGAAAAACUUUCUACAAAAACGUCCCGGAAAACGAUCUUUUAAAAAAAAAAUUUUAAAAACACCUUUCAGCAUAUCCUGCCAGACUUGUGCAAAAACAAAGGCUCUGUGCCACCCAGCCUACGCACGCCUCACCUGUCUGUCCCUCCGUCCGUCCGUCCGUCUGUUCCGCCUCACUGUCCGUCAGUCAUUCCUGCCAUGCCCGCUGUGCUUGACCAUCUCAAAACACCAGGUUUGGGAUCCGAUUGUGUGCAUAAGUAACAGACUUGAAUAAAUUAAAAAAAAAGGUUAA